CAGAAGCUGCAGGACCAUGGCAUUUGCACUGGAGAAAAUAGCGACCUCUUCCUCUCUGCUUUUGUACCUGGCCACUGGAUUUUGCCUCAUCUACGUGCUGCUGAAAGCGAUCCAUCUGUAUCGCAAGAGACAACAGCUCCUCAAAGCUUUUGAGAGUUUCCCAGGUCCCCCCAGCCACUGGCUGUAUGGCCACAGCUCUCAGAUUUCUCAAGGUGGAGAAUUAAACAAGUUGCUGUCUUGGGCAAAAAAGUACCCCUAUGCCUACCCCAGAUGGUUUGGAGGUUUCAUGGCUACCUUAACAGUCAACCACCCUGAUUAUGCCAAAACUGUGUUUGGCCAUGGAGAUCCCAAGGGUCUUGCAACCUACAAAUUCUUAAUUCCCUGGAUUGGCAAGGGAUUACUGAUCUUACAUGGGCCAAAGUGGUUCCAGCAUCGAAGGCUGCUGACACCAGGGUUUCAUUAUGAUGUGCUGAAACCUUAUGUCUCAUUGAUGGCAGAGUCUACCAAAGUGAUGCUGGAUAAGUGGGAACGGCUGAUCACACUGGAUAAAUCAGUGGAGCUCUUUGAACAUGUCAGCUUGAUGACCCUGGACAGCAUCAUGAAAUGUGCCUUCAGUUGUCAUAGCAACUGCCAGACUGACAGUGACUCAGACUACUACAUCAAAGCAGUCUAUGACCUGACCUACCUGGUGUUUCAUAGAAUCCGCUUUUUCCCAUUUCAUAAUGAUUUCAUCUAUCAAAUCAGUCCUCAAGGACGUCGCUUUCAGGAGGCCUGCCAACUAGCACACCAGCAUACAGAUAAAGUAAUAAAAGAGAGAAAGACGUCCCUCCAAGAUCAGCAAGAACUUGAAAAGAUCCAGAAGAAGAAGUACUUGGAUUUUCUGGACAUUCUUCUGUGUGCCAAGGAUGAAAACGGAGCUGGAUUAUCCGAUGAAGACCUACGUGCCGAGGUGGACACGUUUAUGUUUGAGGGUCACGAUACCACGGCCAGUGGGGUCUCCUGGCUCUUGUACUGCAUGGCCCUGUACCCAGAGCACCAGCAGCGAUGCAGGGAAGAGAUCAAGGAGAUUCUGGGAGACAGAGAGACCAUUCAGUGGGAUGACCUUGGCAAAAUGAUUUACAGCACCAUGUGCAUCAAAGAGAGCCUUCGCCUUUACCCUCCAGUACCUGCAGUGUCCCGACUGCUCAGCAAACCCAUCACGUUCCCCGAUGGACGUACCUUACCAGAAGGUUCUCUGGUUGGAGUGCAUAUUUAUUCUCUUCAUAGGAACCCAGCUGUAUGGCAAGAUCCAGAGGUGUUUGAUCCCAUGAGGUUUUCACCAGAGAACUUGUCCAAGAGGCAUUCCCAUGCUUUCCUGCCCUUCGCAGCUGGAGCACGGAACUGCAUCGGGAAGCAGUUUGCCAUGAACGAGCUGAAAGUGGCUCUCGCUCUGACUCUGCUGCGCUUUGAGCUGUCUCCUGAUCCAGCCAAACCACCCAAGGAAAUACCACAGGUUGUCCUCAAGUCCAGCAGUGGGAUCCACCUGCUCUUAAGGAAACUUCCCUGACACCGCAGAAACCAUGGCGCUCCAUAUCGGGAGUCAGUAGGAUCGGCUCAUUUGCAAGGGAAUGCAAUCAAUGGGUGUUUCACGGGAUAGCCCCACUUCAGCCAACCUGUUCCAUGACCUUUCCUGAAUUCUCAGCACCAGCUGGUUUCUCUGGGGCCUUCCCUGUCCCCAGAGCUGGAGUGAGCGCAGUGCUGGGAGGAGACCUGGAUAUGGGAGUAAAGCAUCCUAAGCGCCUCAUCUCUAGCUAAGGAGCACUCUUGCCUGUCAAUGCCAUACUCGGGGACCCGACCAAUGCAGGGUCGAAGGCAGCACGUCUCCCCUUUCCGCAGCCCCUCACGCUGUGUACUGAGAGCACGAGCAGAGCUUUGAGUGCAAUUUCUCAUCUGUUCCCUAAUGCAAACUGUAGAGGGCAGCACUGCACAGCGCUACCUCUCCUUCCUCCACAGGAGUCCUGGGCAGGUCUACACUACCCGCCGGGUAACGAUCGAUCUAUCGGGGGUCGAUUUAUCACAUCUAGUCUA